AUGUCGGGAACUGUGGUUGAGAAAACUGGUCCUGAUUCUGCUAAAGUGAGUCUGAGCACUGGUGAAAUAAUGCGAAGACAUUAAGAUCAUAUCAACAGGACAAUGGAAAUCAGUAAACUUUUUGAGCCCAAAUGUAUUGACUUAUAAAUACCAGUCUAUUUUUUUCGGCAUUUCCAACAGACUGUUACCAGCCCAAAACUAUAUUCCUGUGCAAUAAACAUAAAUAACUAUAACUAUAUGGUCUAUAAAUAGCAUGGCAAACAGACCAAAAAGGUUGAAAAUAAGUUAACUAUACAGGAUGUCCCAAAAAAUGCCACCUCACUUCCAGUGGUGGUAUUUCUAAUCUUUCAUAUUAAAUCUUAUUCUAGUUCGAGAAAUUGAAGAAACAAAUCAAAAGGCAAGGCGGUAUGAUUAAAAAGCUGGAAGUAGAAAACCAAGGUAAGAAAACAAAAAGAACCAUAAGCGUAUACAGGGUGUAUCAAAAAAAGCGCAAUCCUCGACUGAAAUGUAAAUUGCUAAACAAAUAAUAGACAAAAACGUUAAAAUUUACAUUCAUUUUAAAGCGUAGCCAUUCAGCUUUCUAACAGUGGGUUGUUUCUUAAAUUUGACUCAUUGGUUCGCGGGUAAUAAUACUUUAUGUUAUUGCGAUUGGAGAUUAAAAAAAUUGAGAUGGAAUAACAAAUCGUUCUCAUGAAAAUAACUGAUUUUUUCAUUAAAACAAACAAAUGUUGCAUUUUAUUAAAUGGAUUGUAACAAUAAGUAUAAUUACGGCUUUUCUUCCACUAUUUUUAACUCAGCUUGAAACUUCAAAUGCGAUAUAAUUUUGGCUUGGACCAUCUAAGCUGACUGACAUCAACUUGCUAUAACUUCUGUUUACAUUACAUCGCAAUUCGAUGACACUCUGGCUCAGACACCAGAAUGUUUUGACGAUUUUUAGCAUUCGUUUAGGAAUUUCAAACAACCUGGUAUCUUUUAAAAUACUUUCAAUUUGUUCUUACGUGGUUUUCCAGAUGUAGUGACGACAACAUUAAAGUUUAAAGAAGAAAAUUCUAACAUUUAAACCGACUAAACAAUAACAUAGUAAACUUGCAUAAUUAAACAGCAACUAAAAAUGAUAGGUUUUACUAAAUCUUUUCCUGUGCAAUUAUUACUAGUAUUGGAGACAAGGAUAAUAGUUUGUUUGAAAGAGAAAAGAACAGGCUUUGAAGUAAGCCUAAAAGCGUUUAACUAGAAAUAGUAUUUCGAAAGUUAUUAAGCACAAAAGAUGAAUUGCGUUUAUUUUGAUACACCCUGUACAUUGUUAGAGUUAUAGAAAAUAAGGCUAUAUCACAAUUUUAUUAAACCGUAGCAAGGAGGUUGUAAUUUAAUUUAAAGUAUUAAACAUUUGCUUCCAUAAUAAUACCUGCAGCUAAAGUAUAGAAAACACUAUCUGACUCGAUAGUUAUAUUUAUUCCUUUGCUUUUUUUAAACAAGCUGAUUAAGAUCAGGAAAAGUUCUCUAGACUCUCGCCAAACUCUAACACCCAAACGUAAUAUCCAAGUUCCAAUCAUGAAUCUCUGUAGAUGAGUAGUGAUACGCAACUGAUAAAUGCGAGCAUCAAACAGUGUUAUUAAUAGCCUAAUGUGCACUCGUCGUUGUAGUUUCCAAUCGCGAUUUUACUGGACGUGUAUAGAAAACGAUUUUGUUUGUUGCUAUAUAUGCUGUUUUAUGUCGGCGGCUUGCAAAUUAUUAUUCCGUUUAAACUGCUUAUUUACAGUGGAUUACAUUGCCCGCCUCGAUUUCAAGCUGUUGUUUCGUGUGCACUCAAACAAAUUUGGGAAAUGUCUAUUGAUAUCCACAUCUACCCUUAUGGACCCAGAAGAGUAUUAGGCGUGCGCGUCACAGGAAUUAUUUUUGAGUUUAACAGCUUUCAACACAAACGAAAAAUUAUUAUGUUUUAUAGAUAUUUUGAAGCGUUUCGACAGGUUACAUAAGCCGUCUUGUUCAGCUUUGUCGCUAAAAUACUCAUCAACAACCGGUGGAAUGUAUUAUUUAAAUCCUCUUGGACUCAGUUCAUCGCCAUUGGUUCACGUAUACUGUGAUAUGACGUCAAAGAAUGGGAUUGGUGUGACGGUGAUUGGACAUGACAGUGGAUCAAGAACACUUGUGAAUGGAUAUGAAUCUCCAGGUUCUUACAAGCGAAAAAUUAAAUACGAUAUUUCCAUGGAACAAAUCCUUGCCAUUAUGAAGCAGUCCAUGCAGGAAUUGUGAGCAGUUUAUAAAAUAUGAAUGUUAUGGUAGUGGUUUCUGGUUGUACUCUACUCCACCUGAUAGCUGGUGGGUAUCACGUCAAGGUACACGGAUGAAUUACUGGGGCGGAGCGGCAGUCAACAGUGGAAAAUGUGCAUGUGGAAUGACAAACAGCUGUGCAGGUGGAAAGAGAUGUAAUUGUGACAAGAAUGAUUCAACAUGGCGUCAAGACAGUGGAUAUCUGACUGACAAGAACACACUGCCUGUUACAGAGCUGAGAUUUGGAGAUACCGGUCGCUCUAGUGAGAAAGGAUACCACACACUGGGAAAAUUGCGAUGUUGGGGUUAG